ACGACGCCCAAUCUCCUCCAAAAUGGGAUCCUCUCCUCCCCCUUCGCCGUUCAAGAUCUUCAUCGGGUACGACCCCCGAGAGGCGGCGGCGUACGAGGUCUGCGUCCACUCCCUCCUCAAGCGGCCACCAAGAUGGACGGCGCCGUCCAGACCGUCUACCCCCGCAAGAACUGGUCCUCCAUGGUCCUCUACAACUGCGCCCACCCCAAGAACCGGGUCCUCACGCCCGAGCUCGUCAGCAGGGAGAGCGGCGCGUUCCUCCACAGGUUCAUGUGGCUCGACGAUGGCGACAUUGGCGAGGUCCCCUCCGUCUGGAACUUCCUCGUCGGCCACAACAGGGUCGAGGAGGGCUACCCGAAGGCCAUCCAUUACACGAUGGGCGGGCCGUGGUUCGACAGGUACAGGGACUGCGAGUUUGCGGACUUGUGGCUCAAGGAGCUGGAGGAGAUGGAGAGCGGUGAGAAGAAGGGGGAGGGUCAGAAGGGGAAGGAUCAGAAGGACGAGGAGGUUAUCGAUCGAGAAUAGGCGAUCGUUCUUGAGAUUGAAUUCCAUUUGUAUGUCUGUAUUGCUUGAUGUUGGUUGCUGGAUGUAUUGGUCCGAUUUGUUAUUAGGCCGUCGCCGUUGGAGGUGGUGAUUAGUAUGUGAUUUAUGGGUUUAUGAUAAAUUCGAUUUGAUUCUAUC